AUGGCCGGCGCACUCUACCCAAGUGUUCUAUCUAGUGCCAUACUUAUUGUCAUUGCACAGUAUGCCAAUGGCACUAUCAUCGAGCCGGCAGAAGUAGCAUCACCAUCAACACUCGUCAAUGAGGGAAAUGUGAAACGUCAGGCCAGUAGAACGACAGGACAGCGUCUCCAAAAACGGGGCUGCACCAAGGAUAGCUGGGAAGGUGGCGAGAUUCUUACCAAGCCUGCUGACAACGCCCAAAUCGUGAUGGACUUGGUGUCGCGACCGGAGUCUAUCACAGUGACCAAAGACCGCACUCAGAGUUGGAGCACCUCCAUGAGCAUUGGAAUUGCUGAUAUACACAAUCUCGGUGUUAGCGCUGACUUCAACGAAUCAGUCAGCUCCGGCAGCCCAGUGUCCAUCACUAUCCCCGAAGGUCAGAGUGGAGCACUCGGGUUCACAGCGACAUUGUCGUGCAGCACUGGAAUGGGCCAUUGCGAUAGUGGUAAGAUGAAGGGCGGAGUUUGCCGGCCUACGUAG